GCUACAACAACCUGGGUUGAUUUCCAGAUGAACUGUGCUCAAACAGCUGUGUCAAACAUUGUCUCCACCUACCUGAAUGUUACUGAUUCAAAUCAGAUGGUUGGAACUCUGGAUAUCCUCGCCGGUUCGGGCUAUCUAUCCAUCGAUGCUCCCCGAUGUGGAGUGGAGAUGGACCUGGUGCUUGUACUUGAUGACUCGGGCAGUGUUGGGGCUGAUAACUUCAACACGUUAAAGGAAUUUGUAAAGAGGCUUACUACUCAAUUUGACUUUGGACAAGGAGCAACAAGGCUUGGCAUCCUCCAGUAUUCUACUGAUGUAACAACCGUCUUCAGUCUGAAUUCUUAUGACACCUUGGAAGACAUCAACACGGCAGUUGAUGACAUGAUUUACAAGGGUGGAGGUACCAAUACUCACCUGGCCCUCUAUGAACUGGUUAACAAUGCAUUCAGCGUCCAGAAUGGUGGGCGGCCUACUGCCAGCAAGGUUGCAGUCGUCAUCACUGAUGGGAUGUCCACCCAGCCCAUCACCAGGGCUGUACAGGACGUCAAGGCUGUUGGAAUCAUCGUCUACACCAUGGGUGUUGGUACUGGAACUGACCAGUCAGAACUGCAACAGCUCGCUAGUUCUCCAGACAGAGUUUUCGGUGCAUCGAACUAUGACUCCUUGCUAACUAUGACGGGAAGUCUAGCAAACAGAUUCUGUGAUGAUGGCAGCAGUGUGGUAAGCGUGGCCACUGUAGAUCUGGACCAGGACUUCAGUAUCCAGUUGUUGAAUGUAACAUCAGCGUCCUUCAUCACCCUUCGAGCAACAUUUCUUAAUCAGCUGAAUUUUGUGCUUGGACGUUUUGCCAACCUCGUCACUGUUAACAUCAAUUUCCAGCCAAGUCUAAGCAACAAAGUCAGAGUGGUUUUCACUAUGAACUGUCUGGGAUACAUUGUCAAUGAGCUUCAAGUCAUCAUCAACCAAGUAGCAUCAUCUCGAACCUUUGGCAAUGUGACUAUCACUGCUGUUACUUUUGAUGCCCACGAUCCUGGAGUUCUCUAUGGCAUUGUGGAGGUGAACAGAACAUUCACAUCAGAGCUGCGAAGCAUCUCCAGCUAUGAGGCUGCGGUACUACGUAUCACUUUUACAUACCAGGUAAACAUAUUUCACUAUUUCUAUGUCCACUAUGAUUGA